CUUGUUUUGCGACGGUGCCGAACCAUGGGUUACCUUACCUAGUCUGUAUAACUAAUAAAUUCCUACGCCGCCGCUUUAUGUCACCGAAAAGUUGUGUUUUAUCAACGAUGAUUGAGAAAUAUGGCGGAUGACGAACUUGCUGCGUUCAGGGAGCGUUGGAAACAAGAAUUAACGAGUAAAAAAGGGCAGCAGCGACUUGUUUGUGCUUCUUCCCCUUCCCGGGAUGAUCCUGGUCCCUCAGGCAAGAGAGACUUGAAAAAUAGCUAUUUUGAAGACUUAAAAAAUCUCAGGAAGGCCCGUAGUCCUUCAAAACCAGGAGGGAGUGAUUGCACUGAGGGUGAAGGAGGAGGAAAAGCUGCAGCAGAGUCAGAGGAUCAACCUGAGUAUGUGUCCAUUGCACGUAGUUUGCUGGAUGGCAGGACCAGUCCCCUGCUGGACAGGAUUAAGGAGGAGAGGACAAGGAGAAAGAGGCAGUAUCACAACAGGACCAGUAUCUGCUGCGCAUCCCUGCAGCAACAACAGCAGCCUCAGAGGAAGGUCAAGAAAGACGAGGAGCUGGUGGAUCAACUCAUUCAGGAUCUGAAUGAAGUCAAUGACAUUCCCUUCUUUGACAUCGAGUUGCCGUACGAGUUAGCUUUGAAAAUCUUCCAGUAUCUCAGCUGUGCAGAUCUUGGCCGAUGUGCACAGGUGAGCAGGCCAUGGAGAGUCCUUGCAGAGGACGGUGUUCUGUGGUUCAAGAUGUGCACGAGGGAGGGUUAUCAUCAGGAUGCCAGUGUAUCCGACUCCCCCUGCUGGAAGAGCACGCUGCGAGACUGCAGGAACUCAGCCAAAACUGUGCGCUCCAACUGGAAGAAUCGAGUGGGAUCCAUCAGCCAGCUGCAGUUCGAGCUGGGGAAGGUGCUGUGUGACGUCAGCUCCUGUGACAACUUUGUCUUGGCCGGGUACACGUCGGGUGAUGUGAGGCUGUGGGAUACACUGCACUGGGACUCAAAUGCUUCCUACUUAAAACCCAACAGCCUGUCAGCAAACACAGACCCCAGACCACAUGUUAGCCACGUCCAGGUCAACAGCACAGUGGCUGCUGCUGCUUAUGAAGAUGGCUGUGUGGACCUGUGGAGCACAGAGACAGGUGGGGAGCCCAUCUACCACUACCAGAGCCCAGUGAGGAUCCAGGCCCUGGCCCUGAGCCCAGACAGUCCCAUCCUGGGGUCUGCCGCUGGGCCUGACAUUCGGCUCGACCGUGCCGAUGAUCGCGGCUACUGGAGGACAAUCUGCCAGGCUCACCUACCUAAGACUGUAGAGAGCCUGGUUUUGGUGCCAGGCAGGGGCCAGCAGUGCCCGCUGGCAGCUUUGGCAGCAGGAGAGGCUGUGCACCUGCUAGGCCCACGAGAUGAUGAGCCACGGACACUCCACUCAGUCUACGGCCAUCCUGUUACUUGCCUGGAUGCCUCCGACUCCCAUGUUGCAUUUGGGGUGAAGCGCUCCGGCUGGGCAAUGCACGAUGGAGGCAACAAGAUCCAUGUCUACAGCCUAGAGACGGGCAAACCUGUGGUUUGUGUCGGCAACUCACCGGGAGAUUUCACUUGCAUCAACUUGAGGUUCAGCCCUCCUCACCUGGUGGUGUGUGGAAACAAAGACAGGAGGGUGAGAGUCUUUGACCUACGAGCCGGCUCCUCCGUGGUGUCCCUGUAUGCUCACCACCUGGGUGUGACAUCGGUGCAGGCAGACGAUUGGAAGAUCGUGAGCGGCGGAGGCGAAGGACUGGUGUGUGUGUGGGAGAUGAGGAUGGGGGCUAAGCUGUGGGAGAUGCACAACAGGCAUCCUGUAAGGCAUGUACGCUUCAACACCAGCACCCUGGUGACAGCCAACAUCCCCGAUGACAAGUCGCCGCGGGGGGCCUGCAUCACAGAUGAUGACCUUACAGCUCACCGCAGACACAGGGGAGUCAUCUGCCAUUAUGACUUCUCUGAGGACGCGCUGUCACAGGAUCACAUCCUUCCCAUCUGCAGGUCUGACUACACCGAGUCUUACGGCUACAACUACAACAUCAGCCUGGCAGUGCCCUACGACAGGUUGUCUGGCUCCCACCCAUCCCACUGACUGACACCUUCCCAGACUGCAGCUUGGCUCAGUGAGUGACUG